AUGGCGGCGCCGACCCGCCGCGGCCUAGAGCGGCCCGCGCCCUCCCCGCCCACCCUCCCCGCGUCCUCCACCGCGCCACCAUCGAGUCGCAGCCCAGAGCGCCCACCGCGCCGCCCCGACCAUAGAGAAGCGCUGUCCGGAGCGUCUCCCCGCGCGGGCCCGUCUGGCGCCGCCUCUCGCCGGGCCCCGCGCGGGGCGGCCCGCGGCGCCGUCACCUCCGCGGGACCCCCGGGGCCGCCGUCUGCGGCGGGGGGACCCCCGGGCCCCGGCAGCAGCCCGGGCCGGCGGGAGCAGCGGAACCCAACCCCGGGAGGCCUGGGCAGCCCCGCUGAGGGGCAGCGCGGCGCUGGGCCUGCCCUGGGCCGCCACCCGCCUGGUGUCCCGGGAGCUCGGCGGCCUCGCAGCCGUGCGGGGGCAGGACGGGGCUUUAUCUGGGCCUUCUCGGGGCAAACGGCACCACCACCCCCCCGCCCCGCACCUGCGGCUCUGCCCGGUGACCUCGCUUUGUACCGCGGGCAGCUCGUCCCCGGUGUGACCUGGGAGACCAGUGUUGGGCCACUUUCCUUCCCCUGUGUGAAAAAUCAGAGCUGGUUCCUGGCAGACACGGAAGUUCUGCUGCUGGACCCACCCAAAACGCCUCAAGAAGUCCCCAGAUCGUGGCAUGAGGAGCUUGUUCUGCCACAUCACGCUGUGUGGCAGCAGUGGAUUGAAUCAUCCUCUGCUGCUGGCUGCAGGAUGCUGGUUGAUUUCUCCAGUGAUUGCAAAUGGAGGCUGGAUCUGAGUGCCAAGUGUGACCCCAGACCAGAAAGAGAUGUUGUCAUAUAUAAUUAACGGGGCUGCAGCUUGUACUGUAAAUAUCUCCUUGGUUCCUCGUCCCGUGUUUGUCAGGCAGGGGCUGUUUUCUUCCCAGGACAAAAGGUCAAUAUGGGUGCCAGAGAGUUCAUUUCCAUCUUUACUCGCUAAAUAUCAUCAGAAGAAAAAGGCUCUUUUCAAGUCAUUUAACCAGCAAUAAAUUGGAAAUAAUUGAUAACUCUGCAGAUGAGCACAACAAAUCCAUUUUACGCAGAAGAGCAACAGAUCAAAUAUUUAUAGUUCAGCACUAAGAUGCUGUUGAAGUGUAGAGCGAAAGGGUAUGCCUGGGAUGGGUUUCAUCUUCACAGCUUGAGGUGGAUGCAGCUCAUUUGCAGACAAGAUACUCAGUCCAUAAUAGUGAAAUUUACUUUCAUUUGACAAAGUUCCUGUUAAAAGUGGUAAUUUUCUCAGGGCUUCUUAUUAUUCUUUUUCUUUAAUAACCCUCUCUUCCCAGCUGUGGCCUCACACAGGUACCUCCUUUGAGGGCAGGUUUAAAUUUGCAGCCCUGACCAUCACAGAAUCACAGAAUGGUUGGGUUUGGAAGGGACCUCUGGAGGUC